AUGGAGAAGCUUCGCCGUAACCGAGCUGUCCUUCGUGGCGCCGUGACGCGGUGCCUGUCAUCCGCUACCGAACUCCUGCAACAGCCCUCGGCGGCCCCGUCUGACGACUUGCAGAUAACCCUGGAUGAACUACUCGACAAGGACAGGACUCUUACCGCUUUGAAUGAUAAAGUCGCAGAGCUCAUUGACGACGACACCUACGAGCAAGAAAUCAGCACCGCUCUCGAUUACCACGAAAAAAUUUUCCGUUGCGUAAGUCGGAUUCGGUUCCUUCUGAGUUCUCGUACCGCAUCUAGCGCUACAUUGUCUAGUACCGCUACCCAAGACCAAUCAGGAGAGCGCUCAGGCGAAGGGUCGGGUACCGUCAAUGCCGCUCCGAACGCUACUGCGAGCAGCUCGCGCUCUGGACCGCAACGGGUUAAUCUACCGAAACUCCAAGUGCCGGUCUUCUCUGGUGAGCUCCGUGAAUGGCAGGGGUUCUGGGAACACUUCGAAGCAACUAUCCAUCGACGUCCAGAUCUCCCCGACAUAGAGAAAUUCCAAUACCUGAAGACAUACUUGAGUGGAUCUGCAAGGCGUGCAGUCGAGUGGAUUCGCCUUAACGAAACCAACUACCCGGUGGCGGUGAGCGUGCUCACCGAGCGGUUUGGCCGUACCGACGCUCUUGUCGAUGAACAUAUUGAUAGCCUUCUUGCCAUCGCGCCUAUCUCAUGUUCGUCUCAGAUAACUCGGCUCCGGGACCUCUACGAACAGAUUCAGUUCCGCACCAGCUGCCUCGAGAGUCUUGGUGUUCCUGCAGCGGAGUACGCAGUAGUUCUCCAUCGGGUCCUCAUGCGUUCCCUACCGGAAGAUAUCGCUGUUCUUUACAGACAGCGCUUGAAGACGCAAGAUAAACAAGAUGCACCGUCCAGCUCCGCAGCAGGCUCUCGUGCCGAAGAAGUGAACACUGCCAUGGAAUUUCUGAGGGUCCAAGUGGAGAGCAGAGAGGAAACCAAGGCAGCACGCGUGAAAGAAAACUCGAAUCUCGCAUCAACCGAACGAGUGCAUUCACGGAGCUCCUCCCACCUUCCGUCUGCUUUGGCGUUAGCUACAGGGUCCGCCCCUCCCGACCAGCUCACGUGUCCUUUGUGUGACCAGUCUGGUCACACAACCCAGGAGUGCCACGCCUCCUUAUCAACCGAUGAAAAGCGAAGGAGACUGUCAGCAAGGCGUUGCUGCUUCAAGUGCGGCAAGCGUGGGCACAUGGCUCGUCAGUGCCGCACUGCAGCGACACUGAGAUGUCGGGCCUGUUCAAGCCGCCAUCUGACGGUACUGUGCGACCUAUGGAAGAGACCUGACGCAAGGUGUCUACAAUCGUCAUCCGCCCUCGGGGCCUCGAACUCCCAGUCCACAUCUGGACCACAGAGCCCACAGCACGCUACAGCUACCGUGGCUGCGACUCAUACGAGCAGCGGGGUCGGUCACCCGAUAUUACUACAGACAGCGACAGUAUGGGCGUCUGGAGAAGGCGGCAACGUCAUGGCGCGACUACUGCUCGAUACCGGCAGCCAGAGAACGUUUAUACGAAGCGAUCUUUCCCACAAGCUGCAUCUUCCGUGUGAAGAACAGGAAGACCUCACCGUACUUACGUUCGGAAACACGAGUCGGCCGCGACGGUACCAUUGCCGAAGAGUCAAGCUCACUCUUAGCAGCCGAUUUACCUCUAAUGCAGUCACCCUAGAAGCGCUGGAGGUUCCAGAAGUAUGUACCGUAACAACUACCUUGGCCACGGAUCUGCCGGAACUCAGUGGGAAGAAUCUGCUCUUCGCCGACGAACCUAAUUCUUGUACGAGGGAAAACUCUGUCAUUAGCGUCCUUAUCGGCUCAGACUUCUACUGGAGCGUGGUUACGGGACGUACCGAGCGCCUCGGCGACCGCAUGUGUGCCGUGGAGACAAUGUUCGGCUGGGUGGUCCAAGGAGUCAACUCAAGUUCCAGCCUUCCAGCACCCAUGUGCGGCAACACUGUCGCACUCUUUUUAGGCUACUUCAACAUCGCUUGCGGUGACGAAAAAGUGAUAGACCCUUCGGAGAUGUGGAGACUUGAUGCAAUUGGCAUAACCGAUUCAGCUCAUUCCCAAGCUACCGAGGAGCGCACGGCAUUUGACCAGUUUCAGAGCGCAGUAUACAAGGAAGAGGGACGAUACGUCGUUUCCUUGAUGGUCAAGGCGCCCUACCUUUUGUCCACUACGAACCGACCUGUUGCUGAAGCAAGGCUACAGCGUCAACUUAAACGUUUCGAAGCUCAUCCGGACGUGCUGCGAGAAUAUGACCGCACAAUCAGCGAGUACUUCAACGAGGGUCAUGCGGAGCGAGUGCAGCCGUCGGACCAAGGUGCCCGUCAUGUGUAUUACCUUCCUCACCACGCAGUCAUACGGCGGGAAGCGGUGACAACCAAGGUUCGUGUCGUGUUCGAUGCCUCUUCGCAUGAACCGGGAAGUCAUUCGCUUAACGAUAUACUGGACAAGGGCACAACGCUCGGUGCAGAAUUGCUGCAACUUCUUCUGCAGUUCCGGUGCAAUCACAUCGUCAUGACCGCCGACAUUCGCAAGGCAUUCCUGCAAAUUCACGUCCGACGAGAAGACAGAGACCUUCUUCGUUUCUUGUGGAUCGAACGACUUCCCAGUAGUGACGAGCCUUGCCCAACCAUCGUCGAGUGGCGUAUGACGAGGGUGCCAUUUGGAGCUUCGUCGAGCCCAUUUCUACUGUCUGCAACUUUGAUGCAUCACCUUGAAUCUUGGAAGGCUAUUCAUCCAGAAAUCGCAUCGCGUCUACAAAGAGCCUUUUACGUGGAUGAUCUAGUUAUCGGCGCUUCAACCGAACCUGAAGCACUCCACAUUUACCAAACAGCCCGUGCUAUUGUGGCGGACGCCAGCAUGGAGCUGAGAAAGUGGUGCUCCAGUUCCGAAACGUUGAACGAGCAAUUUCGUGCAGACGGUGUCUCCCUCGACGACAUCGGUCAACCGUUGGUUAGAUGCAAGGUGCUUGGUCUUCCGUGGAACCGAUCUGCUGACACUAUCGUAAUGACCACUCAAAACGUGUCAUCUUACGUUGCUACGCAGCCAGCUACCAAGCGAGUUGUACUUCAGACCUUUGCGAGGCUGUUUGAUCCUCUUGGGCUUCUUGGACCGUUUCUCGUCCGCGCCAAACUUCUGUUCCAAGAGCUAUGGCGGCGCAAUUGCACAUGGGAAGAAGCUCUACCUGAGGACGUGCAUGAACACUGGAAGACCUGGACGUCCGAGCUUAGCGAGCUUUCAUCGUUCCAAGUCCCACGUUGUGUCAUAUCUCCUGCAACGCAAGGCGCAAAAGGACAGGAGCUUCACGUAUUUUGCGACGCAAGCCCAAUGGCAUACGGGGUUGCCGUUUAUGUGAGGUGCGUCAUGUCUGAGAACAGUUUCGCUUCACAGCUCCUCAUGAGUAAAGGUCGCAUAGCCCCGUUACGGCCCGUUUCGAUUCCAAGGCUGGAACUAUUGGCCUGCUUGUUGGCAGCCAGGUUAUGCCACUAUGUCAGACAACUUCCCGAGCUCUCACAGGCCGUGGUUCACCUUUGGACUGACUCUGCGGUCGGAUUGCACUGGAUAUGUGGUGACGCGGUCCGCCAGGAAGUAUUUGUACGAAACCGCUCGUCCGAGAUUCGCCGCCUAACCAGAGGAUUCCACUGGCACCACUGCCGGAGCCAGGAUAAUCCAGCAGACUUACUUACCCGUGGCGAGCCAGCGUCUUUUGUUUCGCGCAAGACAAUUUGGUGGGCCGGACCUGCGUGGUUGACCAAUCCUCAGGUGGAUUGGCCUACAGAUCUCUGCCCUAGUCAAAAGCACGAUGACUUGCGCACUGGACUCACCUCUGCCUGUCAGAGCUUAAGCUUGCCGACUUCUCCUCAUUUGCACGAUCCACUCCUUAGGAUUAAUGAUUACGGACGCCUUACUAAGGUUCUAAGAGUCACUGCUUGGAUCAAAAGGUUUCUUCGUAAUGCGUCACUCCACACCACGUCCUCCUCCGGACCGCUAACAGCCGCGGAGUUGUGUGAGGCAGAGUUGUACUGGAUACGAUUUGUUCAGCGCUCUGCGUUUCCUUCAGAAGUCACUACGUUACAGGUCGGACAAUCUGUCGAGUCUGCUUCCAGUAUUCUGACUUUACAGCCCUUCCUUGACAAGAAAGGUUUGCUUCGUGUGGGUGGUCGCCUGCAGGCCCUUGAUGCGUCGGAGGAGUUGAAGCAUCCUAUGAUACUACCAUGCAACGACCGGUUCACUGAGCUUCUGGUUGAAGCAGCACAUAUCCGCCUUCUUCAUGGAGGAGUCCAGCUAACUUUAAUCGAACUCCGCUCCAGGUUUUGGAUUCUGAAAGGACGUCGGACAGUGAGGCGGGUAUUGAACGCUUGCUUGCCGUGUCGUCGUAGACGCUUGCGUCCGGAGACUGCUCCUCCCGCACCGUUACCGAGGGACCGGAUAACCGAAACCAUGCCGUUUGACGUCGUUGGGAUUGACUUUUGCGGACCACUGUACUGCCGCGCGUCACAAAACACUGACAGGAAGGUGUACAUAGUUGUGUUCUCGUGUGCAGUGACAAGAGCGAUCCACCUCGAGUUAACGAUUGAUAUGACGGCACAAACAUUCCUCCUUGCCUUUCGCCGCUUCGCUUCGCGACGGGGUGUGCCGUCCACCAUCUAUUCCGACAACGCCAAGACGUUCCGUUACUGCGCUAAAGUACUGCGCGCGCUCUUCGACGACUCUGUCCAAGACCAUGCCAGUUCCCUCCGCAUCCAGUGGAAGUUUAUCGCUGAAGGUGCGCCCUGGUGGGGCGGUUUUUGGGAACGGCUCAUUCGUACUAUCAAGGACGCACUGAAACGUUGUCUAGGGCGCAGUAGCCUCUGCUAUAAGGGGCUUCUCACCGUACUACUCGAAGUUGAGGCGGCCGUCAACUGCCGUCCCCUCACCCAGCUUGCCGACGACACAGAGGACUGCGAGGCUCUGACUCCUUCCCACUUCUUGAUCGGAAGGCGCGCCGUAGCCUUACCGGCCAGCCUGGGGUUAGAGGUGCCCAGUUCCACUCCUGCAGGUCUUCGUCGCAGAGUUCGACAUAGACAGGCUCUUCUUGUGCAGUUAUGGACUCGUUGGAAGAAGGACUAUCUCCUGCUUCUGCGUUCUGCACACCACAGUCAACCGAGGGCACAUCCACGAAUUCGCGUCGGCGACGUCGUGAUAGUGGAGGACAAUGCACUGCCACCUCUGGAUUGGAAACUCGGACGCAUAGUUGGUUCCUUCCCAGGAAGAGAUGGUGUCGAGCGCUGUUUCAAAGUACUUCUCCCGAAUGGUCAACAGCUCCGGCGUCCUCCCCAACGUUUGUACCUGCUGGAAGCUGACUCGUCCAACGCGGCCGCGGGAGGAUGUUGA